UACAAUAUAACUUAUAAAAUAUCAAAUGAAGUUAUUGUCAUUAUUGUUGGAGGUGAUUUUAAUUUUUUAAAAACAGUUAUAUAAAUUGAGGAGAAGGAAUCUCACGUUUGAAAGGAGAAUUGGCGCCCUGGCGGGGCCGUAGCCCUAAUGAAUUGACCUCUGGGGCAUUCAGACGGUCCUGCGAAAUUCAAAAUUUGGCGUUCGCUUCAGUCUCACAGUAGAGAACAACAAAGCUUUGAAGCUCUCUCUCUCUCUCUCUCUCUGAGCUACUAAAACUGGCGGCCGCGCAAUUCAGCUCUUACUCCUGCGACGCCGCAACCCUAAAUUCGAACUCUUCGGUCGAUUACGUGAAACACUUGACCAAGAUGGAACCACAGACUCAAAGCGACGAAGACGUGCUUCUGGAUCCCCUGAAUAAACCUUCUUCCGACGAUGACGACGAGGCGGAUGUGGCGGAUUCCAUUUUGUGUAUUCCGGGCUCGAAAUUGGUCUGGAGAGGAUUUAAGGGAAGCGAUUUCACAGGGAACAUCGUGAAGUUUGUGAAUGCUGGGGGUGGGGCAAUAAAUGAACUAGGAGAUUCAGCUAUUUCCAUCAUGCCGGAUACGUCCUUUGAAGGAGGGGAUGUCUUAAGAACUGAUGAAACUAUAAUUGAUGGCUGCGAUUUAGCACAGCUUUACCAGUCUGCUCGGUUUGGAAACUUCUGUUACCGGUUUGACAACUUCCCAACAGGAGACUAUUUUGUUGACCUUCAUUUUUCAGAAAUAGUAAACACAAAUGGGCCUAAAGGGAUUCGGGUCUUUGAUGUUUUUAUGCAGGAAGAGAAGGUUGUAUCAGACCUUGAUAUAUAUUCAAUUGUGGGAGCCAAUAAGCCAUUACAGUUGGUAGAUGUUAGAGUUACUGUAGGGGAAGAUGGGGUGAUUGCAGUAAGGUUUGAAGGAGUUAAUGGAAAUCCAGUUGUUAGUGGAAUUUGUAUCAAGGAAGCGCCAAAAAUAUUUGCUUCUCAGGUGGGGCAAGUUGGUCUUGUCUGUAAAAAUUGUGCUGCUGAGAUAGAAGUAACGCCGGCUCAGAAUAAAGAUAUCAGAAAGAGAUCAGUGGCAAAGUAUGAAAAGAAGAUACUGCAACUGAGCACCCAAUGCCAGGUCAAGACAAAUGAAUGCUAUGAGGCCUGGAUGUCUCUGACCGCUGCAAAUGAGGAGCUACAGAAGGUCAGAAUGGAGUUUGACAAUAAGUGCUUUGAAUAUCACUGUCUAGAUCAAGCUAAGGCUGUGGAAACGACAAAGUUGAGGGAUGUUUCCAGUAGAUACCAACACGAAAGGAUGUUUUGGGCAGCAACAAUUAAUGAAUUAAGAAGAAAUAUUAAGAACUUGAAAGAGGGGCAUUCUCAGCUUUCUCGUGAAGCCCGCCAACAUGCAGAUUCAAUUCCUGAAUUGAAUAAGAUGGCCACUGCAGUUCUAGCACUUGUUGCACAAUGUAAUGAUCUUAAAUUGAAGUACAAUGAGGAGCAGGUGAAGAGGAAGCAGCUCUAUAACCAAAUUCAGGAAGCAAAAGGGAACAUUAGGGUAUUUUGUAGGUGUCGCCCAUUGAAUAAAGAGGAGGCAUCGGCUGGUUAUGCAACAGUUGUAGAUUUCAGUGCAUCCAGUGAUGGAGAAAUUGGGAUACUUACCGGUCAUUCCACAAAGAAGAUAUACAAAUUUGAUCGGGUUUACAGACAACAUGAUGAUCAAGUUGAUGUAUUUGUGGAUGCUUCACCUGUGGUGACUUCAGUGUUAGACGGGUACAAUGUGUGUAUAUUUGCAUAUGGCCAAACUGGGACUGGGAAGACUUUCACAAUGGAGGGAACUGAGCAGAAUCGAGGAGUUAAUUACAGAACUCUGGAGCAACUGUUUAAACUAGCUGAGGAAAGGAAAGAGACCUUCACAUACAAAUUAUCUGUCAGUGUUCUUGAAAUAUACAACGAGCAAAUAAGAGACUUGCUUUCCACCUCGCCCACAAUGAAAAAAUUGGAGAUAAGGCAAGCAUCUGAAGGGUUUCAUCGUGUCCCCGGGAUUGUUGAAGCCAAGGUUAGGAACAUUAAAGAAGUAUGGGAUGUUUUCCAAGCUGGAAAGAAUGCAAGGGCUGUAGGAUCAAAUAAUGUAAAUGAGCACAGUAGCCGAUCUCACUGUGUGGUUUGUGUAACGGUUGGAGCAAAUAAUUUGAUAAAUGGUGAAUACAUCCAGAGCAAACUUUGGCUAGUGGAUUUAGCAGGUAGUGAGAGGCUGGCGAAAACUGAGGCACAAGGUGACCGGCUGAAGGAAGCUCAGAACAUCAACCGAUCACUUUCAGCUCUUGGGGAUGUCAUAUCUGCAUUGGCAUCCAAAAGCCACCACAUACCAUACAGAAACUCAAAGCUUACACACUUACUCCAAGAUUCACUAGGGGGUGAUUCCAAAACUUUGAUGCUUGUGCAAAUCAGCCCAUCAGAGCAGGAUUUUGGUGAGACUGUAAGUUCACUAAAUUUUGCAUCUCGGGUUCGAGGGGUUGAGUUGGGUCCUGCCAGAAAACAGAUUGAUAUGGGUGAGAUUCAAAAGAUGAAAUUGCUGCUCGACAAAGCAAAACAAGAAUCCCGAUCAAAAGAUGAAGUUUUAAGGAAGUUACAGGAGGACUUUCAUAAUGUAGAAGACAAAUUUAAAGACAAGGACCAGAUUUGCAGAAGCCAACAGCAAAAUCUUAAGGAACUAGAAAGCCAGCUUGAGUCAAAAACUGGUUUAUGCAAACAAAUGGAGAAACAACUUCUGCAACUCUCACAAGGAGUGCAGGAGAAGGAAGACAUUUUAUGGAAUCUUCAGCAAAUGGUUAAUGAGCUGGAGGACAAGCUAAGAGAACGCAAGCAUGAGGAUUUCAAGGCUCUACGUCAUAAGAUCGUGGAGCUUGAGCACAAAUUGGCAAAAAGAACACAGGAGUUUGAGCUUGAGACAGUUGUACUUCAAGAAAAGGUUGUGAAACUUGAAAACAAGUUGAGAUUGCAGAGUGGCAACACAGAAUCUCAGUUAUUUCAUGAAAAGGUCAAUGAAGCAUGGGAGAUUGUGCCGCCAUUACUUUCUUCCGAAAAGCUGAAAGCCAGCCCUAACGAGCACAAGAACAAGACCCCAUCACUUCCCGAUCAACGUUUAGAAAAGGACUCCCGCAGUUUGGGAAGCCUAAAAUCCAAUAACUCUUUGUUAAACCAAGGGUCCGUCCUGCUUAAGAGGACCGACUCCCUAAGAGAGUUGAGGCGAAAACACGAUCUACAAAGCAGCCGGGGAAUUGAAAACAGUAAUUUCAUGUCGUCUUCCAGUGCCAGCUCUAUCCAGAAGAAGUUAAUGGUACCUUCGGAAUCAACGAGGCAGGCCAGGCAUAUUGAUCCCUCUAAGGCAUUGGCAAGAGCUGCAAGAACUACAAAACCAUUUGCUAGUAGUGCACCAAGGUUGUUUCCCAGCAAACAAGGCCAAGGAACAGCCAAGGAGAAGAAGGAUGACAAGAGUGCAAGAGCUUGGAUGAGAUAAUAUGAUAAUGCAACAAUUCUCAUUAUUGCAUUAGAGCGCAAGAUUAGUCCAAUAAGUAGAUCUUCAGAAAUGAUAGUAUAGAAUGGCAUAUCAUAUGCGUGCUGCGUAGAGUGAGCAAAAGGAAGUUAUUUUGGGUAAAUUCUUGAAGGGGCAAUUGAGAUUUUCAUUGCUUCA